AUGUGGUCUGCUGAUCCCGCUGCUUUGGAGCAGCUCCGCAAAAUCUUCAAGGCCACGUUGCUGCUGGAUAACAAGGUGCGAUUUGCUGCCAACCAGGCCCUUGCUGAGCUGAAGAAGCAACCACAGUUCGAGAACUACUUAUGCGAUCUUUUGAUCAAAGACACAGAGUCAACGUCGGAUGUCAGGGCCGCUGCAGGAAUCAAUUUGAAGAACAGCGUGUUGAAGACCACCCUGACUGAUCGUAGCUACCUUUUGGCCACGAUUUUCGCUGGUUUGAUGGUGCAAGACACCAUGGUGAGAAACAUCACCGGAAAUGUCAUCACCUCACUCUUUGCUGCUCAGGGUAUCGAGGGGUGGCCACAGGCGUUGCCUCAGUUACUCUCGACCAUUGAGUCUGGAGAUAUAAACCCACAAUCGAGAGAGGCUGCUGUGUCUGCGUUGGCCAAGAUCUGCGAGGACCACAGUGCGUUGCUCGACAGAGAGUAUAACGGCGAAAGACCACUCGACCACAUCACUAGCAAGCUCAUCGAGUUGACCAGACUGCCAAAUUCCACUCCCAAGAUCCGUUCACAGUCCAUCUUUUGUUUAAACCAGCUCCUCCCAUUAAAGUCGCAGCUGGUUCUUGUAUUCUUAGACCAUUACUUACAGACGCUUUUUGACUUGGCACAGGACGAAAACCCUGAAGUUCGUAAGAACGUGUGCUCGGCCUUCUCUCUCAUCAUGGAAACUCGCCCAGAUAAGCUUCUUCCACAUAUGGAGGGUGUGCUUAACUACUGUGUUCACCUGAUGGAAGAUCCAAGCGAGGAGGUGGCCAUGGAGGCAUGCGAGUUUCUUUUGCUGCUUGCAGAGCUGCCAACCAAGGCACACAAGCCUAUUUUCAGACAGCAGCUCCGCGUGGUCUUGCCUGUGCUUUUGUCUAAGAUGGUCUUCCUGGAAGAGGAGAUCUUUUUGUUCCAGAUCGCCGACGAGAAGGACGAUGCCUUUGUAGCCGAUAAGGCUGAAGACAUCAAGCCUAACAUGGCCAAAUCUAAACAGGGCCAUUCGAUUGGAAAGAAAAACAACCAAGAAUCUGACUCAGAUGACGAAGAUUCGGACGACUCCGAUGACGAGAUGGAGCAGUGGAACUUGAGAAGAUGUGCAGCCUCUACGCUCGACGUUCUCUCUUUGGAUUUCCCUCAGGAUGUGCUUGAUAUCGCAUUGCCUAUUUUGCAGCAGAACAUUGUCUCAAGCGAAUGGCCCGUACGUGAAAGCGCUAUUUUGGCAUUUGGUGCCAUUUCCAAGAGUUGUAUCGAGCUUGCGAGCGACAAGUUGCCCGUAUUGGUUCCCUUUUUGGUGGAGAGAAUGAAGGAUAACGAGUCGAAGGUUAGAGAAAUCUCGUGCUGGGCAGUUUCCCGUUAUUCGCCAUGGGUGACCAAGGAAGCUAAACAAGGAGGCAGUUACGCCAACUAUUUCCAGCCAACUUUUGAGCUGUUGGUGCAAUUAGCCUUGGAUCCUAAGAAGAUUGUCCAGCAAUCUGCCUGCUCGGCACUUUCCACAUACAUUGAAAACACCGACGUGGAAUUGCUCCAGCCAUACGUGGGCGCAUUAUUAGAGCAUUUUGCUAAAUGCUUUGCUGCCUACCAGAGGAAAAACAUGAUCAUGUUGUAUGACUGUGUUUCAACCUUUGUGGACAAAAUCGGCACUGAAGUAUUCAACCAAACCCCAGAGUACGCCAACACAUUGAUGCCUCCUCUUUUGCAUAAUUGGCAGCUGAUGGAUGACGAUGAUACCAACUUGUGGCCACUUUUAGAGUGUAUGUCCGUGGUGGCCAUUGCAAUGGGAGAAUCUUUUGCUCCAUAUGCUGUACCCGUAUACGAGAGAGCCGUUAAGAUUUUGACCAAUGUGGUUCAGCUUAACGAAGAAAUGCUCAACAACCCGGAAAUCGAUGCUCCAGAGAAGGACUUUAUCAUCACGUCUUUGGAUCUUAUCGAUGGUUUGGUCCAGGGAUUCAAGGGCCAUUUCGUGGAUUUGGCUGCCCAGCACGGUGCAGACUUGAUGAAGAUCUUGAUGCAAUGUUUUGAAGAUUAUGUGGAUGAUGUCAGACAGCUGGCUUACGCACUUCUUGGAGACUUGGCCAUUUUUGCAUACGAAGCAACCGUAGCUCCCUACUUGAGCUCGAUCGUGGUUUGCAUUGGCCACGAAAUCAGCAACUGUAACUACCUCACCUACGCCCUGACCAACAACGCUAUCUGGUCUUGUGGAGAGAUUGCUCUAAAGGCAUCAUCUGAAUUUGACCAGUUCAUUCCCAACUUGGUUAAUGUUCUCAUUCCUUUAGUGAACUCUCCAGACACCCAGAAUACUGUAUUGGAGAACGCAGCCAUUUGCUUGGGAAGAUUUGGGGUUAAAAACGGAGCCGGUGUAGUUGCACCUAGAUUGAGUGAGUUCAUCUACUCGUGGUGUGCCCAUAUCAUGUACUUGAACGAGGACGAAGAGAAGGAGUCUGCAUUUAUUGGCAUGAUCAAUGUAAUCCAUGCCAAUCCCGACCAGGGCUUUGGUGGCUUAUCGACCCAUGAGGGCCGCAAGAACUUGGCGGUUUUUGUCAGCUGCAUUGGCAACUACUUCGAGCCAUCUUCCAAGCUUCGUGAGUUAUUCUUCCUGUUGCUUUCAAGUUACAAGCUGCUUUUGGGAGAUUCAUGGGAGACCCAGGUAUUGGGAUUGGUGGAUGGAGAGUCGAGAGGGUUCCUUCUGACCACCUACGGAAUUUAG